UGUGGUUCUAUAUGUUGCAAAUUUUUAUAACUAUUGAUAUGAUGCGAUUUCCUUGCGCAUCAAAUUCAGCAUUUUAUAUAGAUAUUUUUUUACACGUCUGAUUUGAGCCAAAGUCUGAAUUUUGCACCGGACUUAGGUACGGUGUUCCUACAGACUUUGAUUACCUACUUAAUUGGUUUUAGGGUUUUAUUGUUACUCUUCUUUGAUUGAUAAUUUUACUUAAAGUACAGACACUCAAUUUUAACUCUCUAAAUUAUACCUUGUAGGUAAUAAAGAUAUCUAUGUUUUGUUGACCAUAAUGCAUUAAUCUUAUCGGCCUCGUUACACAGUACCUAAGUUAUAAUCAAAUGCGUAACCAGUAAGUUAUAAUCAAAUACUUCGUAACCUUGACGUAUUGACAAAAAUAAACUAAUAGUCGCUUACUAGCAUUAAUAAAGUGAUAAAUAAAAUGUCGGAUAGAAUUACUGAAAUAUUUAAUAACGAUGGAAGAAAGGAAAAAUUCACGUAUUCGUUAGAAAUAACGCCAGGUGUAAAGGAAGAAGAAUUGGAAAAUUUGAAUUUGGAACCAACUUUCUUUUCUAUAACAUGGCAUGCGUAUGCGCAUGGAUGCAAAGACUUCGACAUAGAACCUUUAAAAUUAGCAAAAUAUUUAAGAAGUAAAAAGAAAAAUGUACUACUGCACAUUUCUUGUGCUAACGUGAAAAAGGAUUAUAUAGAUAAACUAUUGGUACUACUCAAAGAAAUGGGAAUUUGUAACCUUUUUAUCAUUUUAGGAGAAAAAUUUGAUUCCAGCCAUUCUGACUUCGAAGGCAGCAAAGCUAUGAUCACUUACAUAAGGCAACGCACUGGAGAUUAUUUUUGCAUAGGUGUUGCUGGUUUUCCUGGUCGCGAAGGAAAUAUUUUGCAAUUGAAAGAAAAAACAGACUCUGGGGCUGACUUUAUAUUAACUCAGGCAUUUUUCGAGUGCGAUGAAUUAAUACAAUUUGUUACCGGCUGUAAAGAAGCUGGCAUAAACGUGCCAGUGAUUCCGGGUGUAUUUCCGUUUGAAACGCAAACUGAAUUAGAAGGUUUUGUAAGAUUGUGUAAAGUUCACAUCACAGAAGAUAUCAUAAGAAAUCUGAAUAAUCAAUCAGGAAUUGAAAUAGUCGUCGGGUUAGUUAACCAAAUCAUUCUGCGACUUGAUAUAAGGCAUUUUCAUUUCUUUACUUUGAAUAAAAUGUCUAGAAUAACCACCUUGAUAAACUUGCUAAGUAAAUAA